AUGACUGUCGAGGGUUUGUUUCGAGGGUACAAGCGAUGGAGUCCUGUGCAUCCCACUUUCGGCGCUUUUCGGGGAAUGGGAAUCGGAUUGGGCUGCGGCGUAGGAUGGGGCCCAGGGUUUGGCCCAGAUGUCGUGGGCUAUGUGGGCGCCGGUUGUGGACUGGGGUUUAGUGUGGGCAUUACGCUCAUUGGUGUUGGAGUGGGCCUUCCAGUAGUAAGUGGAAUCACAUGCCUACCCUAUAAACUGUUUUUGUUGGCGGCCGACGAAGCUCUCAGAGUUACCUCGAGCCAUGUGAUCCCGAUAUUAAAAUUUAGGCUUGAACAAACCUGGACUGCCCUAGUCGUCCGAUCGAGUUCUCUUGAGAGCGGCGUCCGAGACAGGUACCACGAUCUGUUUUUGUCAAAGGGCAGGGAAGCCAUGGACAGUCUACGGAUCAAGAUCUCGAGCACGACACAAAGCAUCCCCGAAAUCGAGUCACCCACUAGACAAAAGUUUUACCACCGCUUGCAGGUGAAAGCAUUGCCAGGUUUGCAGGAGGCCUCAAAACAGGUUUCCCCUAAAGCACGUGCUGCUGAGCAGGACAUUGAGAUGACCGAGGUCGCCGAGAAAUUCUACUUUGAGUACGUUAUCGGCUCUCAAGUCAGCUGUCGACAGGUGCAAUCAUGUACUGCUCGCGAGGGAUUGAAAAACUGUUCACUGAAAGUACACUAUUAUAGUUCUCCUUCCAGACUACGAGACUGGGACAAGAACUUCCAAAUAUACGUAGGAAGUGGAGGCGAGAACAGGCAGAGUCCACAGUAA